AUGAAUCCAUCUCUCAGCCUCCUGCUGCUUCUGCUGCUGGGUCUCUCCCAGGCUGAUCCUAUGAUGGAGGAAGACAGUGAACCAGAGGACCUGGAGGGUGAAAAUGAGGCUGGUGAUAUAGACAUCACCACCAGGAUUCUGACCACCAACAACGUAUCCAGUGAGUUCCUGCUGGAGGGAGACCUGAUCGCACCCAAAACCAGAAAUGCUAUGGUCUGUUGGGGCGGCAGCUGCUUGUGGAGGAAAAACAGGAAUGGCUAUGUCGUCGUUCCCUACAUAGUGAGCAAUGCCUUCUCCGGCUCUGAUAAACAAUUGAUCGACACUGGCUUGAAGUCCUUCCACGGGAGCACCUGCAUCCGCUUUGUGCCUCGAAGCAACGAGUACGACUACAUCAGCGUCGAGAACAGAGACGGGUGCUUCUCUUCUCUGGGCAGACAGGGAGGUGGACAGGUGCUGUCUCUCAACAGGCAGGGCUGCCUCUACCAUGGCAUCGUCCAACAUGAGGUCAACCAUGCUCUGGGCUUCCAGCAUGAGCAGACCAGGAGCGACCGCGACGGCUACGUCAGGAUCAACUGGCAGAACAUCAUCCCAAAUACGGCCUACAACUUCCAUAGACAGAACACCAACAACCUGAACACUCCCUACGACUACUCCUCUGUCAUGCACUAUGGCAGAACGGCCUUUGCUGUGGCGUAUGGAUUGGAAACCAUCACCCCCAUCCCCAACCCCAAUGUGCAGAUCGGCCAGAGAAGGGGCAUGUCCCGCCUUGACAUCCAGAGGAUCAACCGACUCUACCGCUGCUAAGGCCAACUCUCAGGGCGUCCUUUAGAAAAGCAUCAGAUUUUAUCAUUGUAACCAACAGAAAUUAAAUUUGUUAUUCAUAACAAAUGAUCUUGAGGCCAAUACCAGCAUUUCAAAUCUUUCUCCUUUUUUCUCAAAGUUCACAAACUAAAAUAAUUUUUAACCACUAGCCACUGUUUGACUACUUUCAGUAGUCACCUGUUUUCAUUUUAUUCGCUAAAAUGAUUGUACAAAUAAAUAAAGGAUAAAGCCAAAAAGGCAUUUAUGUCCCUGAUAUCCCGCUGACCAAAUCCAUGAAAUGAAUGGAGCAUGUACUUUUGGAUCCUGUUGUGAUGUGUCGAUGAAUAAAAGUAAUGCCUGAAAAUCAUAAGAAUAAAUGUAAUAAAUGUGUAGCA